AUGAGGUACUUCUUCGCACCUUAUCGUGGUGAAAGAUAUCAUUUACAGGAAUAUAGGGGGAGACAAAUAAGGGGUCCUCAUGAACUAUUCAACUAUAGGCAUUCGUCACUGAGAAAUAUGAUAGAACGUUGUUUUGGUAUAUUAAAAAUGCGUUGGCCAAUCUUUAAGUUGAUGCCUCCUUACAAAUUGAGUGUACAAGCACUCAUUGUUAUUGCUUGUUGCACAUUACAUAAUUUUAUUCGUGACGAAGCCCGUUUAGAUCGUUUUUUUGAUGAAUAUGGGGAUGAGAAUGCCAAUCUUCAAGAAGAAGAAGAAGAAGAAGAAGUUGAGCUAGGUGGUACUUCUCAGAGAGUAAAUGUUACACAUGAGCUAAUUCAAGAAAUGAGUGAAACUCGUGAUGUAGUUGCAAAUGAGUUGUGGGACAACUAUCGUGAUAGAUAA